ACAUCCGGGUAAACUUGGUUGGACAAACCGGUGCUCUGCUGUUGUCCCUGGAAAACAUACAUAUGUUCAUAUAAUCUUACGUUACAUCGUUUACACACAAGGCUGGGCGUCUACAACAGUACGAGGACAUGGAGACUGCUGUGAUCAAUCUUCACAGUGUUUUUGAAAGCCUGCGGACACAAGCUGAUAUUCUCAAUGAAAGCAUUGAGCCCCAGUUCAUUCAGAUGGCCCUGAACUUUGAGGACAGUCGUCGUAAAUGGCUGAGACUCGAGCAUGAGCUAAAUGCAUGUAAGGAGGUGCUCACCAAGGCAGAGACAGAGCGAGGAGCAUUGGAGGUCAAACUCAAACAUGCCCGCAACCAAGUGGAUGUGGAGAUCCGCCGGAGACAGAAAGCUGAGGCUGACUGUGCAAAACUGGACCGUCAGAUCCAGCUCAUCCGGGAGCUGUUGGUGACCGAAGGCUCCAGUAACAGCAUCCAGUUAAAUGAGGAGCAGCGCUCCGCUCUGGCCUUUCUAAAUGCCCGUUCCCAGAAUCCCACAAACCUCAACACUAGUCGACGACUGACCACCAUUGAUGAAUCAGCGUCUAUCUUGUCUGACAUCAGCUAUGAUAAAACUGAUGAUUCUUUGGACUGGGACUCUUCUGCAAUCAGGACAGUUCGUCUCAAGAAACGACAAAAGAGGCGCUCCUCCCGAAACCACACAGAAGGCCCGCCUGCUGGUGCCAAGAGGUCCCGCUCCACUGGCCGAACCUCUGAGAAAGGUAAUGAGUCUCUGGUGGCUAAGACCACCGUGACGGUGCCCGCUGAUGGCGGACCCAUUGAGGCUGUCACCACAGUGGAGGCUGCUCCGUACUGGACCAGGAGCCGCAGAAAGACUGUUGUUCAGGAGUGGGACACUGCUGACACCGACUCUGUUCAGUCUAUGGAUGUGUUCAAGCAUCCCAGUCAGCCCAAUGGAGAGAGCAGGGCAGAGCCCAGCACUCCCCAGGGCAACGGAGGUGUCCGUCUGCAUGAGUUUGUCUCCAAAACGGUGAUCAAACCAGAGUCUUGUGUGCCAUGUGGUAAGAGGAUCAAAUUUGGGAAGAUCUCUCUAAAGUGCAGGGAUUGCCGUGUUGUGUCCCACCCCGAAUGCCGCGAGCGCUGCCCUCUGCCCUGCAUUCCAAACAUGACUGGGACUCCUGUUAAAAGUGAAGAGGGCACCCUUGCAAGCUACGUGUCCUCCACCUCUCCCAUGAUUCCUUCACUAGUGGUGCACUGCGUUAAUGAGAUUGAGCAGAGAGGCCUACGUGAGACUGGUCUUUACCGGGUGUCUGGCUCUGAUCGAGUGGUCAAAGACCUGAAAGAGAAGUUCCAUCGUGGGAAAACCGUUCCCCUGCUCAGCAAGGUGGACGAUAUCCAUGUCAUCACAGGCCUCCUCAAGGACUUCCUGAGGAGCCUAAAAGAACCCCUGCUAACCUUCCGCCUCAACCGUGCCUUCAUGGAUGCUGCUGAGCUGUCUGAUGAUGACAACAGCAUUGCCUUAAUAUAUCAGAACAUCAGUGAUCUUCCUCAGCCCAACAGAGACACUCUGGCCUUCCUCAUCAUUCACUUGCAGAGAGUGGCCCAGAGCACGGAUACAAAGAUGGACGGCACUAAUCUGGCUCGUGUAUUUGGACCUACAAUUGUGGGUCAUGCCGUGCCCGACCCAGAGCCAAUGACCAUCCUGCAAGACACAAAACGACAGCCAAAAGUGGUUGAGCGUCUCCUCAGUCUGCCUGUGGAGUACUGGAGUCAGUUUAUGAUCGGCAACAACGACCAAGCUCACAAUCACAUGAUCAUUGAGAACGCCAAUGUCCACGCAACUCCUGAUCAUAAAACAAGUAUGUUUGGGCCCGUGACGACUCCUGACCAGCAGAUGAGCAAGACCCCAUCGUCCAGCUCUCUCUCCCAACGCAUGAAGAACGCAACUCUCAACGCAAUCACUCCAAAGUUUGCUAGCAGGAGCAGAGCUCCAGGCAGCGUCUCUCGCCAGGGGAACUUCUUCGCCUCGCCUCUCCUGAAGUAGCCCUGAAGCAGUUCAGCUCUUCAUGGAUAAGAGUUUUUCUUUUCUUUGGGAAACAGCUGCAAUAUAUUACAUUGUCCUACUAGCGUAUCGUAUGUCUGGUUUGUCCAUCAAUUCAAACCAUUUUAACUCUACUCUUUUUAUCUUACCUCUUUUUAGUUUUCUUGUAACAUUUGUAUUUUAGUCACUUUUAAAUGUUUUAACGUACUAUUAACAUCCUCAAAACCAAAGCGAUGGGCACUUCCAUCAGUCACCGAAUCCUCAUAGAAUAACACAAUCUGCAUCAGUUUGGGAGUUCUUUAUAAAGAAACCUGAACUUGAUUGUAGCAUCUAGUACAGCUACAUGCUUUAUGCCGGAUUUGUAUAGCAUAAUCUGCGAUUGUAACUUUGUAUAUUCUAAUUUUAUGCUUUACCUUAAAUCUCAAUCUCUUGGAGGGUUCAAGGAUGUAGUGACAGAUUUUUCUAUAAAGUGUAAACUGUGUUUUUAAACAUAGUCCAGCUUAAAUUUCACAGCCAGUAGGUAAAAUACAUCAUUUGUGUUAAAAUGAUGUUUUGAAUUUGUUUAAAUUAUCCAUUUGUGCUGUUUAAAAUGCAUUGUGCCCUCUGAGAGUUGUUUAUAGAGGGAUUCAGGACAGUAAGAUAAUUGAAUGCUAUUUGCAUGCAAAAACAUUAUUGGUUGUUGUGGUGGGCAUUUCAGCUUUCAUAAACGAACAUGGCCAGAAUUAUUUCAGAAUUCCUCAAUGGCAUUGAUUUGUCUAUAUGCAGUUUAUUUAAUUGUAUACCGUAUUUAAAGUAUAAGCAAAAAAGGUGCCCUCUGGGAGAAUUGACUGAUUUUGAAGCAUCUAUUGUACCAAUAGUAUAAAGACUUGGACUGAUUAGAUGCUUUUCACUGUAUGCAAUCAAUAAUUUCUUUCAGUGGUACACUGUUUCUGGAGCAGUAGUCGUGUGCAUUGCUAAUCUGUCAGUUUUUCAUUGUUUUCAAAGAGCAACUGUUUAUUAUGUUAAACAUUGGAGUUGAUUUAUCAAUUCGAGUUGCUUUUCAGUUUGAGUGGUGUGACAUUUUGUAAGACUUGUACUGUUUGUAAAAUACAUUCAUUUAUUGCCA